AUGGCAUUCGUCGCACCAGCCGUGCGCUGGCCCGAUGCUGUCGCUUCUCACCUCCCACAACCACUCAAAGACUCUGGCAUCCCUCCUCAAUACUUUGUCAUUGUCCCCGCGACGCUUCUUGCUGUCGUCCUCACAUACACUCUAUCAAAAGCAUCGGCCAAGGUCAACGCUCCCCACCUGGCAUCCCUCUCAUCCGAAUCCGAGUAUACGACCAAGCGAUCGCACAAUCGACCGUCCACAGUGGUGCUUGUCGGAUUGAGCGAUACGGGCAAGACGUCGCUCUUCUCUUCGCUCGUGUACGGCACCACGCCAUCGACCCUACCUUCGCAGACAAUGUCGCAGGGUGUAGUAGCUGCUCCUACUCUGCAGGAGGAAAAGAUGAAGCCAGUGACAUUGGUAGACUUGCCGGGACACCCCCGAUUGCGACCUUUGGUAGACGAGCAUCUGCAUCAAGCAGACGGACUCGUCGUCUGCGUCGAUGCUGUCACGGCGUCCAAAGCUUCCUCUUCCACCUCCCGUCCUGGAGAUGCCGCAACCAUCACCGACGUUGCCGAUCUAAUGCACUCCACACUCACAGCGCUCGCAAAACAACGAGCGAAAUCCUCGACCAACACGGCACCGCCAUCCGUGCUCGUCCUGUUCACCCGUGCCGACCUCUCCCCUCUGCUCGGCGGGAGCGCAGCCGGAACCGACGCGAUCAAGGACGAAAAGCGUCGUGCGCAGCUGCUCUCGCGAUGCAAAACCACACUCGAAGCGGAACUCGGUCAGCGACGUGCAAACAUGGGGUUCGGUAGAAGACGCGCGGGCGGUGGAGCGGGAGGAAACGUCAAGAUCGCCGGAUUGGGCAAGGUGGCCGACGCUGAUCCCGGUGCGACUGGCGGUGCAGAUGGUGUGUUCGGCUGGAUCAAGCGAGCAUUGGGGCUCGGAGGCGACGGCGGAUCCAGCGGCUCAGCAGAUGCAAAUGACGCGGAAGAGGAGGAGGAGGAAGACGAGGUGGUGGAUUACAUCGAUUGGGCUGCCAGCCAGCGCGCGGUGGAUUCGAGCGAUGCAGCAGUUGGCGGGGCGAGCUUCAGCUUGGAGAAGCUGGACGACCACGUGGUGUUUGGCGGCAAGGUCGAGUUUGCGCUCGCUAGCGUUGGGAAGGACAGAUCGUGGUCUCACAAGUCGGACGAAGCGCAGGAGAAGCAAGAUGAGGCGGACAAGAAGGUUUUCGCGAGCGGUGGAUUGGAUGAAUUCAAGAGAUGGAUUGUUGAUCUUCAGAGCUAA